GAUGUAACGGGAGGCUCCAGUGGGUGUCGCUGUUCCCACAGCACAGAGUAUAAAAGGAAGUCGAUGUGUGGUUGCUAGGUGCGAGCUUCCAGUUGUGGGACUGGGCGGCUGACGAAGCUGCGUCAGCUGAUGCGAGUCUAAGUUUGGCUGAAAAUGAAGCUGACUUGGUCUCUUCCUGUACAUUUGACAAGUUUCCUGCUGCUGCUGGCCUCACAAAGCGUGAGUGAAGAAAACUUCCCAGCCAUCUGUGAGGAAUAUGGAACAGAUCAUUUCUUUGUAAUUAAUUCAAUCGGGGAAAGCGAUGUCUUUGAAAACAAGAAUGCAGAACACACAGUUACCUGCCUUCUGUACCAAAGCGAUGAACUCAACUGCUCCUGGUCAUUCCAUAGGUCCAAGAAGGAGACGGAGAUGUCUCUCUCAAUCAGUGUUUGCAACUAUGAAGAAUUGGUGAAAUCUUUAGCACCAAAGACUGUGGAAACAACAGGAUCUUUCUCUUUGAUCAUCAACAGCAAAAACAUGGAACAUGUCAAUCUCUGUUUUAACGUCUCCCUGCAGAACGAAUGGACAAUUUAUUACCACUCAUUUGAGAAGAGAAGACUGACUGUCCUUCCUUCCCCGUACGUGUCCGCACUGAUCAAAGACGGACACUUGCAGAUAUCAUGGGAAAUUCCUGGCAUGCAGCAUCCUGAACACUGUUACGACUUCCAGCUGGACAUGGGAGACCAGCAGAAACCCAAGAAUUUGACAGGAAAGCUGUCUUACACUGAGCCAAAUGCAGACCCCUCCUUCACCUACAGGUUGAGGAUGAGGACAAAGAUGUCUGAUCUGUGUGCUGAAUAUUCUCCUUGGAGUGAAUGGAGUCCCAUUUUUACUUUGGAAAAAACAAACAAAAUCAGCCCUCAGGUGAUUGUCUUGAUAUCUCUUGGAAUACCCAUGAUCCUCCUUCCUGUGCUCCUGCUGUUGCGUCAUCAGAGGCUCUCUAAACUCCUGUUUCCUCCGAUUCCUCGCCCGCCACAGAAGUACCAGUCCUUCCUUGAAAAAAACGAUCCCCCAAGUUUUUCCUGUCCCGCGCCGCCAGCGAAACAAGAAGAGGAAAUCACAGAAGUAGAAGACGUGGACCCAAGUUCUGAUAAUAAAAACAAAAACACGUUGGGCCAGCAAUAGCAGGCGCUUCAUUGCCCAUCAGGAGCUAACACACACAUGCUGAAAGUAGGCUAAACUGCUAAUUCUCACCACCAUGUAUACCGCCAUAUUGCUAGUAUGAUGCAGAAAAAGUUAUUUUCUAGUGCCAGAUGUGGCUCAUUCACUUAAUACUUGGCUAAUAAAUAUAUAUAUGACUUGUUUUUAAUGGAUCAAAACAGCAAACUGUUUAUGUGGAAGUUGAGUAAUUCACAAAAAAAGCCUGUUUGGAUGUUUUUCUGCUCUCUCUUUAUUUUUGGUGUAGUUUUAAGAGGCAAAUUGUUAAAAUAUCUACCAUUGUAUUCUCUCUCUCUCUCUCUAUAUAUAUAUAUAUGUAUAUAUUCUGAUACCAGCAUUCAAUUUUUUAUAUUAAAUUUAAAAUAUAUUUUUUACUUUUCCAUA